AAUUUUCAGUUUUGGGUGAACUAACCCUUUAACAUUUUUUUUGGAACCCAUAAUGCACUAUUAUUCAAAAGUUUGGGGUAAGUAAGACUUAACAACAAUAGCAACAAAAUUAAGAAAGAUUUCUAUUUGAAAUAAAUGCUGUUCAUUGAACAUUGAACAUCAAAGAAUCCUGAAAAAAAAUCACGAUUUCCACAAAAAUAUUAAGCAGCAAAAACUGCACUGAUAAUAAUAAGAAUCAUUAUUACUAAUUGAGCAACAUUAAUAAUGAAGUACCAAAUCAGCAUAUUGGAAUGAUUGCACUGAAGAUUUAAAAUGUAUUCAAAUAAAAAAGCUAUUUUAAAUUGUAAUAAUAUUUAAUCUUAUUUUUACUGUGUUUUUGAUCAAAUAAGUGCAGCCUUGGUGAACGUAAAAGACUUCUUUCUAAAACAUAAAAAUAAAUGUAAUUAUUGCAAAAAUUUUUGACCGGUAGUGUAUGUAUGUUCCCUCAAACACUACUAAAUAUAUAUUCAUGCUCCUAUUGAUAGCUGUACAUAUAAAUUAAAGGGAUAAUUCACCCUAAAAUGAAGUCAUCAUGUACUCACCCUGCUGUGGUUCGAAUGCAGUAUGCCAUUCUUUCUUUUUCAGACCACAAAAUGUGAAUUUUUUUGUGACACAAAAGUAUCACAGAAUGGUCUUAUGUUGCACAUGUCAUAUACUAUGCAUGUUCUCAGCGCAUACGAUAGGGUUUGCUAAAAACAAACCAAAAUGUAAUGUAUUAUUUAACGUGUUAUUUUGUUUGCCUUUUCUGUGCGAGUCGGAGUGAACUGAGUCUCAUGGACACAUACGUUGUGUAGCUAUGCACAGAAGACCAAUGGCCAAGGACAUAAAGAAUGCAGACUUGGCUCUGUAUGAGUUGAGCAGAGUGAUCACACUGGAGCCCAGCAGACCAGAAGUGUACGAGCAGAGGGCGGAGAUUCUGUCUCCUCUGGGCCGCAUCAGUGAAGCUUUGUCAGACCUGACUAAAGCCAUACAACUGCAGCCUUCAGCCCGACUCUACAGACACAGAGGAACACUGCUCUUCAUAUCAGAGGAUUAUAUGGCAGCCAUGGAUGAUUUCCAGCAGUCUCUAGAGCUGAAGAAGAACCAGCCCAUUGCUAUGCUCUAUAAAGGGCUGACCUUCUUCCACAGGGGUCUCCUUAAAGAGGCUAUAGAGGUGUUUAAAGAAGCUCUCAAAUUAAAGUCGGACUUCAUAGAUGCAUAUAAAAGCUUGGGCCAGGCUUACAGGGAGUUGGGUGAUUUUGAGAAUGCUAUGGAAAGCUUCCAGAAAGCUCUGUUACUGGAUCAGAACCACAUCCAGUCGCUCCAGCUCAGAGGAAUGAUGCUGUACCACCAUGGCAGCCUGCAAGAGGCCAUUGGCAACUUUAAGAGAUGUCUGCAGCUGGAGCCCUAUAAUGAGGUGUGUCAGUACAUGAAGGGUCUCAGUCAUGUGGCCAUGGGUCAGUUCUACGAGGGCAUUAAAGCUCAGACGAAAGUCAUGCUCAAUGACCCUCUCUUGGGACAGAAAGCCAGCUCUGAAUAUCUCAAAGUCAAAUAUCUCAGAGAAUAUUCCCGUUAUUUACACUCUCAUCUGGAUGUACCUGUUGCGGAGUAUAAUGUUGAUCAGGAUUUGCCUGGAAACUUUAAAAACCACUGGGCUAAAAAUCUUCCCUUCCUCAUCGAGGACUAUGAAGAACAGCCUGGACUUCAGCCUCAUAUUAAAGACGUUCUACCUCAGAACUUUGACAGUUACUCUGCUGAGGUUCAGAAGCUCAUCUGUACAGCCGAUCACCUCGGCGCACUGAUGCAGUACGACACAUUAGGGUUCCUACCAAACCUCAGAAUACACCGAGCUAUGGGUUUGGCCACCAUAGAGGUGAUGCAGGCCAUGCAGCGCACCUGGAGUAACUCGAAGGUUCGAGUCAACGGAAAGACCAGACAGCUGCAGUGGAGAGACAUGUUUGACAUCGCAGUGAAAUGGAGAAGGAUUGCAGAUCCAGACCAGCCUGUGCUGUGGUUGGAUCAGAUGCCUGCCAGGAGUCUUAGCAGAGGAUUUAACAACCACAUUAACCUCAUCAGAGGGCAGAUCAUAAAUAUCAGAUAUCUGGAGUAUUUCAGUAGUAUUCUCAUCUUCGUAAAGGACAGAAUACUGGUUUAUCACGGGGCGUAUAACCCACGGGGGCUUCAGGAAGUAAAGCAGGCCCUGGAAAAUGUUAAUAAAGUGGAGGAUCUGCUGCCCAUCAUGAAGCAGUUCAACAGUAAAACCAGAGAUGGUUUCACAGUCAAUUCCAAAGUGCCCAGUAUGAAGGAUUCUGGGAAAGAAUACGACGGUUUCACCAUUACCAUCACCGGGGAUCGAGUGGGAAACAUGCUAUUUUCAGUAGAAACUCAGACCACAGAUGAGAGGACGCAGCAGUAUCAGUCAGAAAUUGAAGCGCUCUAUAAAGAUCUCACUGCCAAAGGCAAAACCCUGAUGCUCUCCACUGAACUAGGGGAUGCAGAUGCUGUGUGUAAUUUAAUUCUUUCUCUGGUGUAUUACUUCUGUAACCUCAUGCCACUAUCCAGAGGCUCAAGUGUUGUGGCGUAUUCUGUCGUCAUGGGAGCUCUGAUGGCCAGUGGGAAAGAGGUGCUGGGCCGAAUCCCAUCUGGAAAGCUGUUUGACUUCGAGGCCAUGACUACAGCCAAUCCUGAUCGCUUCAGUAAGACCGUCAAGAGUUGGAUGAAUUUAAAGAGUUUGCCGAGUUGGUACCAGAACCUUCCGUCGGUUUCGGAGACGUUCCAGUUAACGCGGACCAUGAUUGAAGUUCUAAAUACAGACUCGUCUUCGCACUGUCCCAAGAAAUCCUAAACUUGAAAUACCAUCCAAUUAUUCAAAACUCAAACAAGGGCCGUCUCUACUCAGGGCAUCUUUGCUCACAGUCCUCACUUUUACAUGGUUUUACAUAUCAAAUUUCAGUGCAAAUUCUCUUUGAUUUUAGAUUUCCACAAACAUGGAGAAGAGAGUUGACUCUUUGUUCAAAUUUUAAAUUAAAUAUACAUUUGUGUUGCUGUUAUGUAAUUAAAGUUCAGAAAUUGCAAGCAUAAUCUGAGUUGGGGGGGAAAAAACAGCAGGAAAUGUAGCAGAAUAUAAUUUAAAAUAUCUUUAUUAAAUUAUUAUUCAUCAGUUGCUUUUUGGUUUUAGAAUCGAAUCGGUGACUGGUUGCAGAGAUGUCCUUUGAAGAGUUUAUCAAGCAAUAUUCUUCAGAUCUGAGUUCCUUUCUGAAUACUUGAACACAGUGGGGAAAGAUGUUUGCUAAUGUUUUUGUUGUUUGAAAGGCAGAUUUUACCAUGUUUACUGUCCACACUGGCUUCUUUAUUAUUCUUUUUGUUGUCUCUACUUAAUGGCUCAACUGAAUAAUGUGCGAUGAGAUUCUGGAGAUGUUCAUGUGAUCUUAAACACUGGAAACGGUUACACCUCAAUCUACAGUUGAUAAAGGCAAAAGAGUCUUACAGUUCCUUAAUCUUAUAAAUCCUUAAUUUUAUUUUAGCAUCUUCUUAAGUGACCAUUUUAAGUAGCUUUUCGGUUUUCUCAUUCAUGUGGUUGGUGCUUAAUGGAAAAUACUUAUUUUCUUUAUUUUCCUGUGAAAAUGUAAGAACAACUGUGUUUUUUUUUCUUUCAUGAAGGGAAAUAAAGGUGGGUUCUUCAACGCACAAGAAAAAACAACUUUAAAAUGGAAAAUCUAUGACUUUAUUUGAUCGAGCAGCCACAGUCAAUAAAAUAAGUUGAAAGAAA